GCGUCCGCGGCGGGAGCGGAAGAAGGACGCCGUCCGUGCUCGUCGCGUGCUCGGUCCGGAAGUCGAAACUUGACAUUGUCGAAGGGAAGUGUGACGCGAGUCAGGGACGCAGGAUGAAGGAGACGUUGACGAAGCAAGAGGUGAAGCGCGAAUGGGAAGAGAACCGCGGCGACGAGGGCUCGCCUAGGGUGAUAACGGCAGACGAGCCGUCGGUCGAGAGUCCACGAACGGUGAUCACCGCGAGGAGGCACGUGCGUACCAUCACCACGGCCGGUCACAUCACCGAGACCAUCGCUGAACCGGACUCGCCGGAUGCAAACGCUAUGUCGUCGCAUCCGGCUAAUAUUCAGCUUCAGUCGCAGCAACAUCAUCAUCCUCAUCAUCACCAGUCGGUCGAUCAGCAAUCGCGACCGCGCGCCUAUCAAGACGACCGCCAGCAUCAACAACAGCAACCGGAUCAGGGAUGCAAACAGACGUCCCAGCAUUUUGUUCAAAUAUCUCAGACCGAGGCGGAUAUUCAGCAGCAACAUCGGUCGAACGAGCAGCGCGUCGUCUACCUGACGAGCAACGGACAGGAGUUACAAAUGGAAGUGACGGAAACCGUGGAUCCGUCUACCCUAACGAUAAAGGAAACGGCUAGGUACGAGACCCCGGAGCCGGAAAGAUCGGACGCGGAUCGUAUUUACGGAUACGCGUCGGGGGACGGUCAGCAGCAGCAGCAGCAGCAGCAGCAGCAGCAGCUUCGUCGAGAGAAUCACCACGCGAUCGCGCUUCAGCCGCAAGAGAGGCGCGUCCCGUCGUCUACGGGUCAUCAGAGGUACAGUCCGAGAGAGAACGCGAGCGGGGGACAGUCGUCGGGUGGUGGAAACGGUUCGACGAGCGGCAGAUCGUACCAUCACCAGGGUUCGCCCGUGCUGGUAGGGAGUAACGAGGAAUACGAGCCCAUAGUGUCUCACGCGAACACGGUGGCCUCGGUGAGCGUUCACCUCGACGCGUCUACCGCCGCCGCCCCUUACUCACCGCCGAUCGGUGAUGGAAUUCGCGGGGGAAGCAGCAGCACCGGUCAACAACAUCAUCAUCAGCAGCACCAGCUGGUGACUGGGUACGUGGACGGGACCGGGGUCAGCAUUAAAUACGACGCGGAUGCGGUGAACGCGGCUGUGGCGAACGCGAACGCCGUGAACGAGACGAUCAAAGUCUCGAGUACGUAUACCACUUUGGAAACGGUGCCGAUUCCUCUGUCGCAAACGGUCCAGUACCCGCAGUACGUGCCUGGUAGCGAGACGUUCCAGCAGGUCCCGACCUACACCUACCCCAAGUCCGGGAAUCAAGUGAUCCUCGAGUAUCAGCCGCCAACUCAACUGACCUCCCGCGUGACCGGGGUGGACUCGGCUGGAAGCGCGUACAUCAAGGGCGAUCCGACGUUGACCUCCUCGUUGGGAACGUCGCGCGGAGCACCGCCUCUCCACUACGAUCAGCCAGGUUCCGACUACUGGUCGACCGCGACGGGAACCCCGUCGCCGCCUGCGUUCGCCGACUGCGUGCAGGGCUAUCCAAACGUGACGGCGAUCUCCGUGGCAGACGCGGCGAACCUGCACAUCUAUUCCGGCGGCGGGUACAGCGUGUCGGCCGGAACUACCACGGCCGCGGCCCCCUGGGCUAGCAUUCCGCUCUCCGGUCCGGACGACACCUUCGACGCAACGAUGAUGUCCACGGAUCCGAAGGAAUGUUCCGUUUGCGGCGUACCGACCCCGAUCUGGAGGAGGGACGAAACCGGGCAUUACUACUGCCACGGUUGCCUCUACAACAAGAUGAACGGAGUGAACAGGCCGUCGAUGAGAUGCGGCAAACCGAAGCAAGCAGUCGCCACGACGGGCGUACGAAGGACUGGUGUACAGUGCGCGAACUGUAGGACGAGCAACACGACACUCUGGCGGCGGAACAACAGCGGCGAGCCCGUUUGCAACGCCUGCGGUCUCUACUUCAAGCUGCACAACGUGAACAGGCCGCUCAGCAUGAAAAAGGAUGGGAUACAGACGAGGAAGAGAAAGCCGAAAAAUCAUUCGGGGAUGAGCGGAAACUUGGCGGGGCCCAGCGGCAUGCACAAGACCGAGAUUAAGUCUAGCUUACUCGUGGACUCGCUGCAGUUGAACGUGUACGGGAGUGGUGGUAGCGGUGGUAGCGGAAACGGGGGCGGGAUCGGGGCCGGUGCACCGGUCGAUGCGGAAACGGAGGCCGUGGUUGGGGCUGGGAGCGAGGAGAGGGCAAGCACCGGGACUGGGAGCGGUGCCGCGAUCACGGGAGGGAACGAAGGAUGCGACGAGAGUCGUCAGCCCAUAGGUACACCGCCUACGGCGCAAUUAGGGCAUGCGCACUCGCCUCUCGCUUUACCCACCGUCGCCGCGCUCAAUCGACAGACCACCCUUACCGUGCCACCGCUAGAACCAAUCGCUAGUCAAGCCGGUAACGAUCUCAUUUCGGUUAUCACUUCCACCACGACUGUUCACGCGGAAAGAAGCACGUAACGGGGUGAAGAGAAGCGGUGAAAAGGAAGAUUUCAAUGCCGAGGAAGUGUAAGAAAGCACGGGAGAGUGGAGGGUUAUCGAGCGCGCUGCAGCGACGCGAGCGCCGUUCAAGUUGUGCGUACAAACUCGAAAACGUGGCGCAGGCCGACCAACAUCUUACCGACUAAAGGUUUCUAGACCAGCCACAGACCUAGUCACGAAGAUUCAUCGCUGCUUCGAUCAUCUUCCCGUCAACGAACCAACCAAAUGAGAAAACUGAUUCUCCUGCUGUUACUGCUACGCUACUACUGCUGCUUCUGCUGCUACUACUAUUACUACUA